AAUACAGAGUUGCCAACUGUCGGCGCGGCUCUGCAUUGCUCCUUCCUUCCUAGUAUUUUCGCUCUGUACUAUAAAUGUGCUGUUUUUUGAAGACAUCACAUGGAAUGGGCUCUGGCAAUGAAAAGAGAGAGAAAAAGAUUUUGAAUUUUAAUUGAACACUUAAGAUUGCAGGCAGUGACGUAGUUUUCCUGUAACGUUGUGAACUCCGUUUCUCAUGCUUUUUUGUCCCUCAUCGGAUCUCGCCUUCUUUCUCUUCCCUUCAAGCAAGGGUCAGUCCAUUCCUGGGUUUACUUUUUUUAUUUUGUGAUAUCUUUUGUUGAGGAGGUGGAUUGAGUUUAAGGAUUUAGUUAAGGGAGACAGUUUAGAGGACAAAAUUUUGUAGGGUAGGUAACAAGAAGGGAGAAAAGUUGGAUUAGUUUUGUUUCUAUCAUUUGUGGGUUUGAGAUGGAUCUUAAGAGUGCCAAGGAUGAGGAUGCUGAAGUUGAUCUUGAAAGUGGGUUGGUUUUGACUGAUGAUGAGUCAAAGGAUGUCUCUACUGAAGGUAACAGAAAACAAGGAAAGAUAUUACUUAAUAAGAUUUCUUGUGGGUUUGUUGGAGAUUGUAUAAAAGGUGAAGAUAGGUAUAGUGGAUUCUGCAAGGAGUCAAAAUUAACUGUAGUUUCAAUGGACAUGGUGAAAGUGACAAACAAGUUGUACUCAGUAGAAUAUGCAGAGAAUAAUACCCCAGAAAAGGAGAAACGUAAAAAGUCCAGUAAUAAGAAGUCUCCGAAGCCUCCAAGACCUCCGCGAGCUCCAUCGUUGGAUGCUGCUGACCAAAAGCUAAUCAGGGAGAUCACUGAACUUGCCAUGUUAAAGCGUGCGAGGAUAGAGCGAAAGAAAGCCUUGAAGAAGAUGAAAGCUGCUAAGGCAUCAUCAUCUUCCAGUAGCAGCAUGCUUGCUACGGUUUUCACUGUUGUCUUCUGUAUUGUGAUAUUACUCCAAGGCAUGUCAUCUGGAAAAAGUUCAGUGACAAGUUUCCAGGGAUCACCUGUACCUGCAGGACUAAUGGAGGGUGGUCUGAUUGAUGUUCAACACCAACUCAAUCCAUCUUCAAGUGACCCAAAUGCACCUAGUUUAGAGCCUCACAAAAUUGUACAGCAGGUCACUGGUUUAGAUUUGCCUGCAAAACUGAGAAGAGGUGCAGGUUAAUUAAUGCAAAUAUAGUGACACCAGCAAUGUCAUUGUCAUAUGGUAUUGUGUACCCCAUGUGCUUCUCACCAAAGAUUUUUUUUUUCUUGUCUUUUCAAAUGUAUUUCUUCAUUAUUAUGAGAUUGAAUGUGUUGGGCAAUUUAUCCCCUGUAUGUAUAGUAUUAGUCAAUGGGUAGGGGGGUGAGUUAAAUUGCUUAAGUGGUGUUGCUUGUAGUUACCUCCUCAGCAACUUCUUGUUGCAUACACGUUGAAAUUCAGAGUCGGAGGAGAUUUUGCUUUUGAAGCUUCACGACCAUAUGUAAUCACCUAACUAAUAUUAUCAUGUAACGAUGUCUUAUGAUUUUCCAAUUGUGAUGUGAGGGAGAAAGUGAAGCCUUUCUUAUGAUUU